GCUGAGAAAAGACGGAAGAAUUACCGAUAACUUACUAUAGUAUACUUUCUGACUUUCUGGUGAGCUAUUGCCUUCUCCAAUUCACCCAUGUUCAUAACGUUUCACCUAUCAUACGAUUAGCAAUCGCCAAUCGCAACGAAUAAUUUUAUUAUUGAAGUUUCUUAGCUGCACGUUCGGCUUCCUGGAAGAAAACAUUUGUAUUACGAAAGGAUAAUAAGAUAAUUAAUUGGAUUAUUGGACGAUGAAAUUCCUCUAAACAACGAUAAAAAAGAAUAACCAGAAGUUUUUGGUACCAGUAGAAGUGUUUUGAAACCAUCAACCUUGUUGACUGAUCCUGAUUCCUGAUGCGAAUACUGACCUUACUGUAACUUCUGUUACUUUUGGUAACAGUGCCAGUAAAACUGUAAAACUGAAACCAUCUGUGUUAGCCAAUCCUUUUGUAAAUGGAUGAUUUUAAUACAAAAUUCGAUUCCGAAGCGAACGGUGAUGAGAAGUUGGAUAAGUUACCACAGUCGGAAAAUAAUUCUUCGUCGGAGGAUACGAAAAGUUCGAUAGCAUCCGUCCCAUUAAGUGGCCCCUCAACAACACCUAGUGUAAAUUUAGCUGUAACUACUUCGGCCACUAAUUCUAAAGUUCCUGUUGUUUCCAACUCUGCGGCCUCCAGUACGCCUAGCAGUAGCAGUACUUCCAUGUCAACGGAAUUUGUAUUCGAUGAGAGAAUUAUGAAUUCAGCCGCUGGAAAAGAGUUCAAACGUUUCAAAGACGGACAAAUCCUCGACAGUAUACUGAAAAAAAUCGUUUUCGAAGAAAUGCAAACAGAAUUCGCAGAUUACCAAACAGAAGAGUCUGAUCCGGCCUCCUUUAUUAAGAAAGAAGAAGAACAACGUAAACAACCAGACCCGUUGAUAAUCACAGUAAAGUUGCUCAACAUAUUAGAAGGAAUCGAAUUAUUCUGCAAACCUGACGAAAUUAACACAAAAGAUUGGAAAGAGUUGGCAACUAGUGUACGAUGGGAACAACUACUAUCACACCCGAGUAAUCACGCAUGGGUGGAGGACUUUAUGAAAUGCGCCAAUAAAAGUACUUUAGAGGAAAUGAACUACUUAAUCGAGGAUUUAUUCGACAUUUCUAAUGAAAUUCAGGACGAUUAUUUUGCUGGGAAACCUGCAAAUUUUGAUAAAUUAUUGUGCAAAGAUCUCAAGGAACCGCUGAACUUUUUGAAUCGCAUAGGCCUGCAGAUUACAUAUGGGUCACGUUCCUUGACGGAAAUGCUUGAAAUUGUAGUGAAUACCACUGAUUCGCAAGAUGAUAAAGACAACGCCGAAAAAAUCAAAAAUGAAAAUUUUGAUUCUGCAACGACUACGCAAGAGUCCGAUAAUCAGCAAGCCGAGCAUAGCUCUAGAGAAGCAUUAGAAUUUCCCACACAUGGUGUAUCUUCAGAAGACUCUUUCCAAAAAGAAAGCGAAGAAAUCCAAGAAAAAUACUAGUUUUGAAGGUUAACUUAAAAGGAUUUAAUUCAGCGUUUCUCAUUUUAUUUUUGAAAAUCCUGGUUUUUUAUUUCAAUUAUUUUGUAGCUAUUGUUUUUUUUUUUUGAUUUUUGUGUCUCAUAGUUAUUUUAUAUACUAAGCUUGAAACAGUCAACUUCGAAAGAGCAUUUUGGUAACCUGAAUUAGUUAUCGUGUUUAUACUUUAGGCCUAAUCUAAAAAUCGAUAGGUAUAAUGAUGUUCUCGCGACAAAAAAUUUCGAUUGUUAGAUUCUUCUCAACAUGAUGUUUCGACAUCGUCGUCGUAGCUCUCAGAGUAUUUCGGAGUCGUGAAUACAACGCAUCAGUAAUGCUAAGUAAUUUUUAGACCAUUUUUUUUUCUUUUUUCAUCAUUCAUUUUUGCGUGUAAAUAGCGUUGCUUUUCGAGUUUCGUUUUUUUUUUCAUUUUUCAUAGUUUAUUAUUAUUUUUUUUUAUUUACACUGUUUUGAAAGCAUUAACGACAUGUUAAAUUCAAAAUAAUCUACGCAAAGAAUUUAAUUUUUAUUAAUUAAAUUUUUUUUUUUUGUUAUAAUAACGAAGUAAAAUUUAUCAGUCGUAUGAAA